AUGAGCCUUAGAAGAGCCUCGUCGGCACUGAAAUGUAGGGCCUUCCAUCUAACCCUCACCGGAGCUGUCAAAGUAUGGUACAACAGGCUACCACCCUUAAGAAUCAGAAGCUGGCCAGACCCGAAGAAGGCAUUUCUAAAACAAUACCACUCUCGUAGGAAAGUGGAGGCCCCAGUGCAAUACCUACAAGAUAUGAGGCAAGCUUCUAACAAGACGAUGAAAAGCUAUCUCACCAGAUUCACUGAUAAAAUCACAUACUGCGAAAAAGUCACGGAUAGAGAGGCUCUCUCAGCUUUGAAAGGAGGCCUCAAUAUGAAUACUUUGUUCUGGAGAGGCGCGCAAAGCAAGAAUCCUGGCACUUAUGACGAACUAGUUGAGAUGAUAAGGGCAGAUAAGUCAAAGACUAGCGACACACCUGAUCACGCAAUAAUAGACUCAAACAGGUCACACAGUAGCCCCACAUCCGGACAGGUAUUGGCUUCAGCCACACUGAAUGCAGUACCGGUAUUGACAUAUGAAAAUGCCCCUGCCAAAGUAGGGCCAUCUGGAGGAACAAACAACAACCGACGUAAGAUGAAGAAGCAGACAAACAGGCCCCUAGAAGGGGCAAAGUUCUGCACAUUUCACCAACUCUAUGGCCAUGAUAUUAGUAAAUGUAAAGACGCACCUCGGUCCUCAGAUCAAAGCAACUCACGCUCUUCCAAAAAGGCUCAUUAUCAUGAACACCCCCACAGGGCCGCUUCUCCCAAUAGGGAGUCGAGGCGACAAAGGGAUCAAUCACCUCGAAGGCGAGAAACAAGAGAGAGAUCUCGAGGAGAAUCUAAGCAAAGGAAUCAGGCCCCAGCCAACGGAGGCGAUACUAUCCAAGAAGUUGAUACCAUCAUUAGAGGACCUCACAUCGGAGGCAAUACCAGAAAUACACAGAGGAACUAUACAAGAGAAAUGAAAGACCCACCAAUGAUUACGUACAUUGUCAACCAGUCCCAAACUAACAGAAUGGCUCCAAUCACCUUCUCUCAAGAAGAUUCCCAAGGUGUUUAUCAUCCCCACUGCGAUGUGUUGGUAGUAAGAGCCAUUGUGGCUCGGAAUGGACUCAAGCGCAUGCUUGUUGACAAUGGAAGCUUGGUGAAUAUACUGUUCGGAUCAACCUUUGACAAGAUGCAGAUUGAGCAUGGCUUGGUUCCAUGGCCGACGCAAUAUUUAGAUUCACUAGUGAUAGCAUCAUCCCACGAGGACGAAUCACUUUACCUGUUGAGAUGGGAUCAACACUUUUAG